AUGGAGAGCUUCGUCAUGCUUCUGAAACUGAAGUGCACAGUGAACAACUACGCAUGGGGAGCCAAAGGAGAGGCUAGUAUGGCUGGAAGUCUUGCUUUAGAUGGAGGGCAUAUCCCGAAUCUCGACAAAGACAAGCCAUAUGCUGAAUUCUGGGUUGGCACUCAUGCUAACGGUCCUGCCCACGUCAUCGAGAAUGGCAUCGCUUUGAAGCAACUGUUGGCUACUUCACCCAACUUACAAGGAAAACAUGAAAAUGGAAAGCUGUCGUUCUUGUUCAAAGUGUUAUCUGUGGUUGCACCACUGUCAAUUCAAAUACAUCCAACUAAAGAACAAGGAAAGAUUCUCCACGCGAAAGAUCCAAAAAAUUAUCCAGAUGACAAUCACAAACCCGAGAUCGCAAUUGCUUUAACAGAGUUUGAACUGCUCUCUGGAUUCAGACAACAUUCGCAAAUUAGUGAAUACUUGAAAUUGUACUCGGAAAUCCAAGAAUUACUUACCGAAGAAGAAAAAGGUCAAAUCGACAAUCUUGGAUCAUAUGGAGAGAGUUCUUCUCAGGUCCUCAAGCUAAUUUUCUCAAGAAUUUGGAGAACUCCGAAAGAACAAUUGCAAAUAGUUGUGGACAAGCUAGCUAGACGAAUUCAAGGACAGGAAAACAAAUCGGCUCUUGACGAAAUAAUUGUAUACCUUUUCACCAUGUAUCCAGGCGACGUUGGCGUGUUCGCUCCGAUUUUCCUCAACUACUUCAAGUUGCAACCAGGAGAGGCCACGUUUUUGGAACCAAAUAUGCCACAUGCUUAUUUGAAAGGAGAUUGUGUUGAAUGUAUGGCAGAUAGUGACAAUACAAUUCGAGCAGGACUUACUCCAAAAUAUAUUGAUGUCGAGUCCCUCGUUGAGAUGUUGAACUACAACGAAACUCUCCUUCCAAAGUACAUUCCAAACGAGUUAGAGGAUGGAUCACUCUUAUUUACUCCACGUGGGAUCGAGGAGUUUUGGGUACAAGAAGUGAAAGGACCUGCCGGAUCAAUCUAUCAACUCCCUUACUCGGAAUCGUGCUCUGUGCUGACCGUCCUUUACGGUACUGCAACUGUAACCGUGGGAACAACUUCGCAAACUUUAAAUCGAGGAGAAGUUCUGUUCAUUGAAGCAACACACUCUACAGAACGUCCGAAAGUCAACAUCACUGAUGAUUUCCUUGCAUUUCGAGCAUUCACACCGUCCCCAAGAGCACUCGAUAGCCUUUCAAGCAAGCAUUUAGUCAUUGAUUAA